GAGUGGUAACAGGGUUGAGCCCUCUUUGACUUCAGCUGAAACAGCGCUGACUGGAUCCUGGUUUUGGACAUAACUGAACUUUGGUUUUAGUGGUGCCCUUGCUGACUGGAUCUUGUCUUCAGUGGGACCAGUUCUGACUGAACUCAGGUGUCAGUGGCACCACUCUCAACUAAACCCUUCUGUCUUCAGUACCAGAACCUGGUCUGUCAGCUGCCUCUGCUCCCUGAGUGAGAAAAGGAACCGCAAGGACUGGGUUCUGCGCGUCUCUUCUGAAUAAUCAAGGAGGAGAGAGGGGCGAGGAACCUUGCAGACAGCACUGAGGACCACAGUAAUAAUGGGGAAGUCCAACAGCAAGCUGAAACCAGAGGUGGUGGAGGAGCUCACCAGGAAGACCUACUUCACCGAGAAGGAGGUUCAGCAGUGGUACCGAGGCUUCAUCAAAGACUGUCCCAGUGGUCAGCUGGACGCUGCUGGCUUCCAGAAGAUCUACAAGCAGUUCUUCCCCUUCGGAGACCCGACCAAGUUCGCCUCCUUCGUCUUCAACGUGUUCGAUGAGAACAAGGAUGGACGUAUUGAGUUUUCUGAGUUCAUUCAGGCCCUGUCAGUCACUUCUCGUGGAACCCUGGAUGAGAAGCUGAGAUGGGCUUUUAAACUGUAUGAUCUGGACAAUGACGGCUACAUCACUCGUGAUGAGAUGCUGAACAUCGUGGAUGCCAUCUACCAGAUGGUGGGAAACACAGUGGAGCUGCCAGAGGAGGAGAAUACACCAGAGAAACGCGUCAACCGCAUCUUCACCCUGAUGGAUAAGAACGCAGAUGGGAAGCUAACGCUGCAGGAGUUUCAGGAAGGCUCAAAGGCAGAUCCCUCCAUAGUGCAGGCGCUCUCUCUCUACGAUGGGCUGGUGUAGACUGCACAGUACUGCCCCAGGAUAGGUGAGGGGUCAGACAUCUCUGACGCUGUGGAAAGUGGUUUGGAGUUUAGUUG